GCCCCCAUAUAUCUUGAUCUAUACGUUAUUUAAACUAUUUAAAAACGUAUUUAUAGUAUUGGUUGAACUUGUAGGAAUCCAUUGAUGCAAAAUUCAUUCAAUUUCAUCAUAUAAUCAUGAACCACCAUCAAGCCGUAGGGCUCUAUAGCCAAAUCUUCAAUCCACAAGUGGUAAAGAAUUCACAAUUAUAUCGAUCUAUAUUUACUACUGCUAUACAUACUGAGUCAUUAUUAUCAGUACUUAUAUCCAAUUCUGAACUCACAUUAAAUUAUCCAUCACAUCAAAAUGUAUGGAUUAUUCAAGAUAUAUUAUCAGUAGGGUUAAAAUUAUUAAGUGAUGCUGUUGAAUUUCCUGAAGAUGAAGAUUCAAAAAUCCCCCUUACUUCAAGAAGAAGAUCUACUACAACUAGUAAUGUAUCAAAUAAAGAUUUAGAUCAAUUAAACCUUCCAUCUUCUCGUCGGAAAUCUUCAUCUUCAUAUGCCAUUGAAUUAGAUGAUGGAGGUGAUGAUAUAACUGCACUUAAUGGAAAUAAUAAUCCUUCGACAGAAUUUGAUGAUGGUGAUGAUAUUACUAAUUUUAAUGCAAGUAAAUCUUCUCAAAAUUUACAACAAUCAUCUUCAGUAUUAUCUGAUAUACCGCAACCAUCAAUUGCAAUUGCCAUGUCUAAUUCUGGUUCAGUAUCUAUAUCUGAAUCAUCACAAUUAAAUCAAAUUCCUGUUGAUGUAUCACCUAAUAAUAGUAAUGCUAAUAGUAAUAGUAAUAUAACUAGUAGAAGAGAUAGUACAACAAGUUUAAUUCAACCAUCAAUCCUGACUCGAUUACGUAACCCAUCAUUAAGUUCAAUUGAUCAAAAGGAAUUUGAAGGAAUUGAUUUAGAUUUACGAUUAGAAUUAAUAACCAAUAUUCUUGCCGUAUUAAAAGUUUGGUUUUUAACAAUUAGUGAAGUUAAUGAUAAAGCUAAAAGAAGAAAAGGUAGUGUGGUUACUUAUCAAUCAUCAAGUGAAUUAAUGACUAAUUAUUUUGGAAAUCCAGGUAAUAAACAAUCUUUAGAUCAUACAUCUUUAUUAAAAUUAUUAACCAUAUUACGGUGGUAUCUUAAUAAAUCAUUAACAGAAAUAGAAAUCUCAAAAUCACAAGAUUUUAAAAAUUUAUUGGCUAUAAAGGAAAUAUUAUAUUUAAUUUCAGAUAUAUUAAAAUCGAUAUAUUCAUCAAUUGUAUUUUAUAAAGAAGGUGAUAAUGAAUAUUCAAUAAUUCAAAGUUUAUUAUUCACAUUCUAUAAAGUGGAUUUUUCCAAACAACUUUAUAAGAUUCUUUCAUUAACUAAUACAAAAAUUAAUGAUACUAAUGAAACUACAACAGAUACUACAACAGAAUAUCAAGCAUCUAAAAUUAGACUUUCAUUUGAAUCUCUUAUGAAAAUUUAUUCCAUUAUAAGUAUACUUGUUAUGAUUCCUGAAGAUUUAUUACCGAUAAAUCCAGUAUCACUUUCUUCAGAUAUAACAAAUUUAAAUCAUGAAUCUCCUAAUCCUUAUGAACAAUUCCUUCAUAAUGAAAUUAUAUUUGAUAAACAAACUUUUAAUGUGGAUUUUGCUCUGAGACUUAACCCAAUUCUUGCAAUUGAUUUUAAUUAUUGUUAUAAAUUUAGACCAGAUUUAUUAAUUGAACUGCUUCAAAGUUCUUCAUUUUUAACUUGGCUUUCUUGGUCUUCAUUUAAUAAUGAUUUAUAUGUAACUUUUGAUACAAUAUCUACUGUUACAAAUUUACAAAUUAAUUAUGAAACUUUUAGUUUAACCAAAAAUAAGCAUGAACCUUAUUUACUUGAAUUAAAUUCAAUUUAUGAAAAACGAUUAAAAUUACAAUCUCAAGCUAAAUUUGAAGAUGAAGAUGAAUUAAUUAUUCCUGAAUUAUUACCUAUUACUAUGUUAAUUUAUACUUAUAUUGAUAAAAAUGAAUCAUUUAUAACUCAAUUCCUUUUACAACAAUAUCCUAUUCAUCAUGCCAUUGAAGAUAUUAAUCCUAUUGAAGAUAAAACUAUAGAAUUAUUUGAUAUUUGGUUAUGUGUUUUAUCAUAUGUAUUUCAAUAUCAAUAUAAAUCAAAUUCAUUUCAAAUGAUAGUAAGAAUUUCAUUAAUUUCUUUACUUAAAUUAAUUAAAAAAUCUCCUCAAUUAUUUAAACAACAUAAUAUUAAUGAAUUUAAAUGGAAAUUAAGUCAUCAAAAAUCUCCAAGUAUACCAAUUAUGAAGGGUAAAGUUGGAAUUAAACCCAGUUUAUUUUAUAUCUUAGAUAUUAUACAAAAUUUAAUUCGAUUUAAUUUAACUAAUAAAUUAAAUCUAGGAAAUUUUAAAUUAGCAUUAAAUUUAAUUUAUCAAAUUUUUCAAGAAUUUAAAUUAGAUGUUAAUAUUGAAUUAGGUAAUUAUAAUUGGAAAGAAUUCUUUAUAACUUUAUUUAAUUUACUUAAUUUUAUUAAAAGACAAAAUUUAGUUAAUUCUAAAUAUUUUAUUAUCCUUAAUCAAGUUGAUAUAUUAAAAUCUAUUAUUGAAGAAGGUUUAAUUCUUAUAAAUUGUUUAUUAAUUCCUCGAUUUAAUCGAAUUGUUCAAGCUCAAGAUUUAGAAGGUGAUAGUAUUGCUCAUAAUGGAGGUAUAUUUGGUUCUCAUACGUAUAAAUCAAUUAAUUAUGAUUUAAUUUAUAAUAUAUUAUUAAAUUAUGAAACUAUAAAUGAUUAUUUCCAACUAUAUAAACUUACAACUGAUUUAAAUAAUCUUGAACAAUGUUUAAAAUAUUUCGAACAACAAUUUCAUCUUACUGAAGAAUCUAAAUUAAAUGCAUCAGAUGAUGCCAAUAGUUCAAAAUUAGAUUUAUUUGAUCAUGAUUUCGAUAGUCCAGUAUUAAUUGAUAAAAUUCAAUCAUUCACUUUAAUGGAUGGUCAAGUAUCUACUACUAAUGGAAAUAGUAAUAAAAAUGGUAAUGGACACAUAAUUGGUCAACCUCAUUAUCAAUAUAAGGAUACAUUAAAAUAUGCUCUACAAGAUAGAGUUAAACUUGAAGAUGAAUAUACAAUACGAUUAUUUCAAAGUUUAUUAUCGUUAAAAUUGGGUUAAGUUAUUAUGUACUAUAUAUAUAUAUAUAUAUUA